UGCAUCAUGAGAAGCUGUAUUUUUAUGCUUAUAACCAUUUCGUUCUGAACUUUUGUCACUUGUGCACGCAAGUAUCAAUGGUUUAUUCCAAAUAUGGCGGCUUUCUUCAAAACCUAGGAACGCGAAACCAGAAGUUUCUUGAGAAUCUUGGAGAUUUAUCGGCAGAUCAAAGAUGCAGUGUUCAUUCCGACAGCUCAAGGAGAAGUCCCUCUCUACGGAGGUGACACAGAUGCAAUGGAAUCCCAAGAUGGAUCUCCUUGCUCUCGCAAACACUCAAGGAGAGGUGUGGCUCCACCGUCUGAACUGGCAGCGGGUUUGGACGCUGUCACCUCCCACAGGAACCACAGAAGGCCAGGGUGUCACUGGACUAGCCUGGAGACCUGAUGGACAAGUGCUGGGUGUUGGGUACCAGAAUGGACAGGUGGUUCUGUGUGAUGUAGAGAAGGCCGAGGUGCUGCACACGUCUACUCUCUCACACCCUGUGUCCUGUAUGACAUGGCAGGAGGCAGAGGACAAACACAGAGUGACCUCUGCCCCAGUCCAUGUGGACCAGUCAUCAUCCCCAGUCUCCAGUCAAGCCACCCCUCAGGAUACAGCAGCAGAUUUUCUACCCAGGCUGACACCAUUACCUAAAGGGUUGAAUAUCCUGGUAGUGGGGGAUGAGGCUGGAAGUAUUUAUUUACUUGCAUAUGGACUGUUUUCAAUGGGACAACUUGCACCAGAGGAGCAUCCUCAAGCCAAGGGAGGUCGACUGUUGAGUGUGACCUUGUCCAGUGACCUUCAGUGUCUGUCAGCGGUAGUACAACACCAGGCAUCAGCUGACACCUCACAGCCUGAACACACUAUCUGUCUAACCACUUACAACACCUCCUUGUUGGCAACACGAAGCCAGGAACUUGCCACUUUGGCCAUGAAGUAUGGACAGGUCGCAACGAUUUUAGGAUACAUGGAGAACACACUUCGGUCCAUGUCAGAGGCUUGGGAGGACAUCCUGCUGGAGAUGGACAACAAACUGGCAAAGUUUGCAGAGACCAUUGACAAUAAGGACCCUGACUGGCAAGUUAGCGAUGAGUUCCUACAGUUACUAAUGUGGGGUAAAGCCAGUCCUGAGCUCCAGAGUUUCCUACUGAAUACACUAACAGAGAAGGGUCUGAAGAAACUUGGCUUGUCUAUUGACAACUCCUACUCCAACAUAGAGAAACUGGUGCUGAACCAUCUACAGAGAGCUGGGCAGGCUCUUUUGUUUCAUCUGAGUGAACUGAAGGGACUUUCUCUGUGGUAUGACAAGUAUGGAAUGCUAGGACUCAACACACAAGCUGUACAGGAGGCGUGGAGCUGUGCAGGGUCCUUCAUGCUCAAGACUAAUGAGCUUCUCCAGUGAGUCCUCUUACC